AUUUGUCGGCUUUGUUUGUGCGAAGAGCUGGACAUCCUAGUUCCUGCCAAGAAUGUAUUUGAUUCUUUGCUUACAUCGGAAGACGUGGAACGUUUUACCAGUAUACAGGUUUGUUUUGCACGUUGGUUUGUCUACGAUCUUCAAUUACACCUUCCUUUGGAUGCUUUAGAUUCCAACCGAUGACAAUGUACCUUACGUGAUCUGCACCGACUCGAACCGGAGCAGGCAUCGGAACCGUACAGCCAAAGUUCCGUUCGUUUUUGUGAAAUAGCGUUAUAUGCUUCCUGUAGCCGCUCAGUUGUUUGAACGUUUUCGAGCAAAUUUCACAUUCCAAAGGCUCUCCUACGCUAUGCUGCGCACGCUAAAGAACAGUAAAGAACAGAAAUUCAAUUUAAAAAAUGACGAUUACAAAGCAACAACUCUACGUCCCCGACCUACCAUAUGUGCAUCAUACGAAUUUUGCUGCACUCCCAUUUCUAGUCAGCUGAGUGUGCCAAAGUCGGCUGCUUCGAAAGCCGUUCGGUCAACCAAAAGCAAGCAAAAUAAACCCACGAAAGCUACAACAACACCUCUAACAACGCAACAAGAUGGUGUUUCAGGUACACAACAAGUACAUGAAAGUACAUUGCAUCUUGAUUGGCCGUAUUUCACGAAACGUCUGUGUAACAUAUGUGGCCAGAUGGUUACCAACUUGAAGCGUCACAUGUUGAGCCACACCAAAAAAGCAAUGUACGCUUGUCCACACUGUUCCACGAAACUGACUGAUGGCUCCAAUCUCGUGCGCCACAUUAAGUCAGUUCAUAAGAAAAUGAGCGUUAAAACGUGUGAAAUAUGCAAGAAAGGAUUUACGUAUCAGGUCACCUACAACCAGCAUAUUCUCACCACGCACGGUAUCGGAGAAAAAUUUGAAUGCAAAAUGUGCCUUAAACAAUUCAACGGGAAGAGUACAUUAAAAGAUCAUAUCAACCGGAUACACAGCUCACUAAGAAAAUACGAAUGCAAGUUUUGCAGCAAGCAAUUUAAAACGAGUCGAGAUCUAAGACACCACGGUCGAGUACAUUCCGAAAACUGGCCGUAUGCCUGCAGCAUCUGUCCGAAGCGGUUUAAGAGCAGCUUCGCACGCAAUACCCAUCAACACACCCACACAGGUGUUAGAUUUUCCUGCCAGCACUGCGAUAAAUCCUAUCCAUAUAAAUGCCAGCUUAGCAUACAUAUGCGAAAGCUUCACCCGGAGUCGGUUGCCGAAAACACGGACGGAUUCGUUGGAGUUAAAAUUCAAAAAAAAAACUGGCAGCACGGUACUAGUGAUGGGUAA